AUGGAUUUUUCUCUUCUCUUUGCGUAUCUGGCGGUCUGCAGCCUCUGCGUGCUGUGGUGUCCGGUGGCCGGUAAGGUGUAUCGAGGGACUGUAUCCUCGCAGAGGGCGUGGGAAGAGAACGGGCAGUUCGUGACGAAAUUCUGCUUCCACGAUCAAAAGGCAUUGUUCAGAUUCACCAGCAAUGCAACAUCGGAGGGCAAAUGGCACUUCUACCUGGAUGAGUAUUGGCACCAUGCGUUCAGCGAGCCUGACUGUGAGAGAAAGAUAGCCAUGUCUCGAUUCAGAGUGGACGUGGCGGGGAUGUCAGGAUCUCAGUACGUGAACCAGUGGAUCAGACCUCACUUUUGGUUCGUGGUGUAUGCCGACCCAGUCACCUGCCAGAGCUCUCCGCCCCUCACCAACGAGGUCAUUGAAUUCGAAAUGGAGUUUCUGAAUCCUGAUUGGUCGGGAGCGGCCAACGAUCAGUUUGGAGACGAUCUUAGAGGUCUACUGCUGUUCUACUCUCUCCUGAUGCUGCUGUACAUAGCAGGUCUGUCUCUCUAUGCCCAUCAAGUCUGGAUCACUAUCAGCAAAGGAGGACCGAUGCACGAAGUUUUACAGAUGUUGACACUGGCCAUGGGACUCCAUUUCAUUUCUGCCAUCCUCAUGCUUAUCCACCUGUGGAGAUACUCUGCGAACGGUGAAGGGAUUCCAAUGUUUUCAGUUUUAUCUGAAGUUCUGGAGAUGUUGGCUCAGUGUCAGAUGAUAUGGAUGCUGCUCGGCAUAUCAGUGGGCUGGACCGUCAGUUCGAAUUCCAGUCACCCAAUCAGAGACAAGAAACUGCUUCUUAUCAACGUGACUGUGACCGUAAUCCACGUAAGGGAAGUAAUCUAACACUCCUCAUUUUGCAGAACGAAGCAAAACUGACAAGAAGGAACAAAUCGAAAUCCUAAGUUGUCGAAUUUUUUGCAUUCUAUUCAGGUUCUUCUUGUGUUGUGGGAGCAGUCGUAUGACGAGAGUCAUUAUACUUACCACAUUCAUGAAAACCUGCCAGGCUGGUUGCUGGUGUCACUCCGGAUCGGUCUAGCUUUACUGAUCAGCUACAAUCUGCAUCGCACUACCAGCGAAGAGCGCAGUGCACUAAAGAAGGAUUUCUACCACGGCUUUGCUAUUGGCUGCCACCUGUGGUUUUUCGCUUUUCCUAUGCUGAUGGUUGUUGCUAUAUUUUUCUCAGAAUAUCACAGACUAAAGGUCGUUACUGUGGGAACGACUGUGAUUCAAACCGCGUCCAUGGUGAUUCUGAGUCGACUGUUUCUGUCUCGCAGCCUCUACUGGGAGGUGUCAUCUCUGUCAUCAACUACGUUACCCUUCAAAAGAGACAGAGGGGGUGGUGGAUUUAUGACACUUCUCAACAACCACUAGGCCUUAUAUUAGUCACAAUCAAUCUUUUCGCUUACAAUUGUGUGUAUAAUAUAGCUUAAUAAUUGUGUUUGAUGUACAUAUACAUAUUACAAUUGCACAGAAUUUCAUUCAAUAGUUUCUAUCAUUUCCUUUUCUUUGGAGUGAUGAUUGUCUUUUUUAUUGCUAGAGGCAAGUACGGAAACGGUGGUAAAUGGUCCUUUUCUCUCUCAGUUGUCAUUUCCUGCGGAUUCGAUUUGCAAUCAGUUUCUAUCAAAUUGCUUUUUUCUUCACUCAAACUCUCCUGUAAAUUUCCUUGUGCUAGUGGUUUUUGUGCUAUGGGGCCAGUCGAUAUUGUGGCUCUAGCUGAAGCUUGCAGCCAUGGAAUGGUGAUUUUUGGUGCCCGGCUUGAUAUUAAAUCAGCCAGUCUUGAAAAGUAGUCCGUUUUAUCAUCGCUAGAGAGUUU